AUGAAGCUCCGCUACAUUCUGCGGGUGGAUACCUAUGGCAUCUACAGACUGCGAGAGGUGGCUAUUGCCUCUCACGAUCUUGUCCACUCGGUCCGAGAAUACAACAUCGUAUACCAGACCGAGGAACGGCUGGUGGAUGUCCUCCGUACCACCAAACUCGGAAAGCGGAUCACGCUUUCCCAGUUUUGGGAUCUGGUGCGGACCAAGAGCUGCCAGCGCUGCCAGCAACCGGGCAGGUGGCUGGCGGUAAAGUUUUGGAUGCGCCUGUGCCGUGGGUGCGUAUCUGUCUUGUACCCAAGCAUCUCACCAAACCAGCGCAUUUUGCCUGGCGUGAUCCCCCUGGACGUCAACCAGCAUUCCUUCGAGGGAAUGUUUUUCAGCUGCUGA